CUGCAAUUUGUCAUCAUGUUAAUCUCAAAACAUUAUAUGACAUGAAAAUUACUAUAAAAAUCAUCUCAAACAAAUAAUUUCCAAAAUUUUGACAAAUCUGGAAUCUUUUCAAAACUUUCAAGGCAAUACUGUCAUUCUCAAAAUAAUGAUGCAGACUAGGAAAACAUGAAAUGAGCAAUUAAAUUAUUUUAUAAAAUGUUUUUAUGCCAUAACAACACAUUUUUGGUAACAACUCUGUUGUCGAGGCCAAUGGCUCUGCAUGAUGGCCAUCUGUCACCCUUGCAACUACAUCUACGCCUCAGUAAUAUCUUUUCGUAACGAUAUAGUUUCGAUGUGUCACUAAAUAAAUUUUCAAAAGUUGAAAAUUUGUACAGGAAUACAAACAAGAAUUCUUUUAUUAUGGUAUCCAUUUGUGUCAGAGCCUAAUCAAUCAUAAUUGAUGUAGUAGAAAUUGGAAAAUCAAAUAUGAAGAUUUUAUACAAGCACUUUGAGAUUGAUUAGGCAUGAAGUUAUCUGCCAGAUCAUAAAAUGUAGCCUUUUUCAUUCAUCCACCCAUUCUCAAUUAUAUUCCUAUCUGCUGUUGAUAACUCAACUAUGAAAGGAAUGCAGGCAGUUUUAAAUAAAUCAUGUAACAAAUGAACAGCAGCUUGUUCCGGAAAUUGACACCGGACAAACUAACUAGGAUAUUCAGGAAUAUUAUAAGAAUUUAUUUUGAGAAACUUAUGGUAUGUUGGGCUCCAAAUAUGAGACCAUAAGUAAAUCCUGUGGUUAUGGGAGAUCCUAGUAUAUGUGUUUGAUAUUGAUGCAUGCAACAAUCAAGUGAUCAUCUGCAGAGUUUAAAAAAUACUAAUGGGAAAAUCAUGGAGUCAUGUAUCUUGCAAUCGCCCUUGAUAUGCUAGGUGUGGAGCCUUCCAGAUUAAACUGUGAAACUUAAAUUGGAUCUAAUAAUAAGUUAGCUAAAUUUACUUACUUUUUCAAGUCUAUGACAGUCAAAUAGGUUUUGAGACCUCUAACAACUAAGAGCAACAUGAAUUACUCUAAUUGAACAAGUCGAGAUUAUAAUAUUAAAUGAAAUAAAUCUUUUAAAGUAAGGUAGCCUUAUUAACCGUAUUAAUAUAUUUUUAAUAUAUGUGGCAUGUACAAAAUUCCUAAAUUUUUUACAAGGAAGCUCAGUAUUGAACUUGAUUCCCUCUUUAUACGUGGCAAAUUUCAUUUUGAUAAAUGACAUGCUAAAUAUUCUCUGGACUUUACUAUGUGCUCCUGCUCCCAACUUUUCAAAAGAGUUGGAAAGCUUAGGGUGCUCAAAUCAAUUACCAACUCUUUUACUUUGUUGCUUUGCAAAUUUACAUUACAGAAGAAAUAUUGCUUGACUAAUGAGUUUCUAGUUUAUAAUUGCAAUUGCUGGCCAAUAUAAGCGCCCUGCAAUAACACUAGCACUAGCACUAGCCAAUUGUAAAAAUAAACAGUUUUGUCAGAGACUUCCUUUUGAGUUAGAAUUGUAUGAAUCUCAAUAUACACUAUAUAAGCAUGUGGUAUAAGCAUCUCUCUCUCUUUCUCUCUUGACAUUGUUAGUGCUCUAACCAAAUAUUUUCCCCAUCUCGGAGCUUCAUUUUGUCUUUUAUAGCGUAACCGGCAUGAACCGUGAGAAGAGCAUCUCAGUUGAACCUGUCCGCAAUUCCAGUUCAUUGCCUAGGGAUGUCAGCGUUUUGGUUGUGGACAGCGAUUCUACCUGUCUCACCUUCAUAUCAAAAAUGCUCUAUAGAUUUGGUUACAAAGUUGUGACUGCUAAGCAAGGCUCUGAUGCAUUGGCAAUUGCACGGGAGAAAGAUGAUCUUCAGCUUGUUGUGACAGAGGCUCAUUUGCCUGACAUGGAUAAAUAUGAGUUCCUAGAGAGAAUGCAAGAAAUGUCUAAAUUGCCAGUCAUUAUUAUGUCAGCUGAUGAUAGUGAGAAAGCCAUGUUAGGCAGCCUGUUUAAAGGUGCUGUGUUGCAUCUCGUGAAACCAAUCACUUUGAAUGACAUGAAAAACCUUUGGCAGUUUGCACUCAUGAAGAAAAGUGACAAAACCUUAGCUGCUGAUAGAAUAAGCAGUGGUCAACGGGCAUUAUCUGAGGAAUCAGUGAAUCAGCCAUUUGAGAAUAAAAAGGAGCAAAGCCACCAAAAGGCCAAAAGAAAAGCACCAGAAGAGACGAACAAAGAUGAGGAGGAAGAGAAUUAUGAUUCAUCAGUCCUAAAGAAGCCAAAUCUAGUUUGGAAUAAUGAGUUACACAACAGAUUCCCACAAGCUUUUAAUGUAUUAGGCAUUGACACUCAUCCAAAGAAGAUAAUUCAGCGAAUGAAUACCCUGGGGCUGAAAAGGGAAAAUAUUUCAAGCCAUUUACAGAGAAAUCAUCUCCCCUUGAAAUGUCAACAAGAUGCAAUUCAAAAGACCAUGAUUGGAGAAUCUACGGGAUCAAGCCUUGGACCAUACUAUCCUUCAUCAGCAGUCAAUUUACAUGGACUUCAUCAAUUUUCAAAUCAGCAAUCUGUAUCAACAUCAUAUCAACAAGAGUUUGGAAAUGAUUUGCGGAGAAAUUUAAGUAGUCACAUGUACACGCCCUUUCUUGGUUCUGCACAUUUUCCUAAUUAUGUAAACUCAAGCCUUGGAUCACACUAUCCUUCACCAGCAUUCAAUUUACAUGGACUUCUUCAAUUUCCAAAUCAGCAAGCCACAUUGACAUCAUAUCAACCAGAGUUUGGAAAUGAUUUGCGGAGGAAUUUAAGUGGUCACAUGUACAUGCCCUUCCUUGGUUCUGCACAUUUUCCUAAUUAUGUAGACUCAAGCCUUGGAUCAUACUAUCCUUCAUCAGCAUUCAAUUUACAUGGACUUCAAUUUUCAAAUCAGCAAUCCGCAUCAACAUCAUAUCAACCAGUGCUUGGAAAUGGUUUGCAGAGGAAUUUAAGUGGUCACAUCUACAUGCCCUUUGUUGGUUCCACACAUGUUCCUAAUUACAUAGACUCAAGUUGUAGUAAUCCAUCCAAUCCUAUGUAUGGGCAAUUGACUCCACCAGUCAGUCAGCUAGGUUAUACUUUUCCUAAUUCUAGUCAUGUUGGAAGUUGGAUCAUUAGCAAUGAGUUAGCAGGCUUUGUCCAGAUCAGAAAUUCUAGUGGUGAAGAGACCUUCAGCAGGAACAUGGAUCCUUUUGGUGUGCAUAAUAUUGGCUUUCUGAGUGAUAACACACAAGAAGAACACCUGCAGCAGCAACAACAAUUUCUGCAUCUGCAACAACCAUUUCUGCAGCAGCAACAACAAUUUCUGCAGCAGCAACCAUUUCUGCAGCAGCAGCAACCAUUUCUGCGGCAGCAGCAACCAUUUCUGCGGCAGCAGCAACCAUUUCUGCAGCAGCAGCAACCAUUUCUGCAGCAACCAUAUCAGCCACUACCUCCACCACCACAACCACCACAGGAGCCAAAAUAACAUGACUUUUUUUGGGUCUUAACGAGGAGAAAUGGAAGAAUUAUUUGAUCUUUCUAAAGACCCUAAUCAUGCAUGAUGAGGAACUUGAUGAUCUCUGGUAAUAGAUGAAUUUUGUGUCCAGGUAUAUUAAUGCUACUUAAUACAGACCUUUAUGUACCAUCUUUCUUUGUCCUGGAAUUUUGAAAAUUAUUCGCUCUUAUAAGCCAAGUGUUUCAACAUUUGGGCGCCACAAGGGCGAGAAGAGGCCAUGUUCUUGGACAUUAAUCUUGCUUUUUACAUGGACUGUGAGAUUCCAGAAAUAUGACUUCAGCCAUGGGUGAAAGUUUGGAAUCCAAGCAAGAAAAGUGAAACUUAUCAUUUGUUUUCCAAUUUGAGUCUGAUGGUUUGAGUUUACAGUUAGUGGUUUGGAGGAAGUACUUGAAUUUGAUGAUGUUGUUUUUGUUUUGUUGCUAUUUCUUAUUAGCAUUACAAUAAAGCACUGUUUGAUGGAUAGUGGUUAGGUGGAAGUACUUGAAUUUGAUGAUGUUUUGUUUGGUUGCUAUUUCUUUCUUGCAUUACAAUAAAAUACUGUCAGACGGAUAUCUUUGUCUAUUCACUAUUCAGUAUGUUAUGAC